UAAUGACCAAUAUUACUCGGCCCAAUUCCUCUCCCGAAUCACAGAAACCCUGAAACAUUGUCCUAUAAAUACAAAAUGUUACCCAGAUUGUUAUUUUUAGUCGUCUUCUUCAUUUUUAGGGUUUAUCAUUCCAUCUUUCUGCCGCUAGCAACAAUGGUGAACAUUCCCAAGGUUAAGAAGACAUACUGCAAGAACAAGGAGUGCAAAAAGCACACAACCCACAAAGUUACUCAAUACAAGAAGGGCAAGGAUAGUUUGGCUGCCCAAGGGAAGAGGCGUUAUGAUCGCAAGCAGUCUGGGUAUGGUGGUCAGACAAAGCCCGUCUUUCACAAGAAGGCCAAGACAACUAAGAAGAUUGUCUUGAGGCUACAGUGCCAAGCAUGCAAGCAUGUAUCCCAGCACGCCAUUAAGCGUUGCAAGCACUUCGAGAUUGGUGGAGACAAGAAGGGAAAGGGAACUUCUCUCUUUUAGUUGUGUUCUGUGGAUCAGUAUUUUUGUUUACUGCCAGUAUGUUUUUGUUGAAGAUAGUUAAAACUUGAACAUUUUAUUAGUUGCCAUAUGUAUGGUGUGAAUUUUUCAGCCAUUUUGGAAGAAUCAUUUGGGCAUUACUUGA